UACGGAUCUCUCUGGAGGAGGUGGAAAGAUACUACAGAUUUUCACAGCGCUGCCACUGGCUGCGUGAUGAAAUUAUGCAGCUGGACAGCAGUCCUCUCCGCGCUGCCGACAUCACGCCUGACCUCAAGAAGCAGUUUGCCUUCCUUUCAGGGGGUAGAGGAGAUAAUGGCAGCCCCAUCAUUGUGUUCCCAGAAUUCCCAGCAUUUGGAGAGAUCACCGACAGAGAGUUCCACAACGUGCUCACCUACCUGACUAGUGUGCCCAGUUUGUCGUCGACAGGCGUGGGUUUCAUCCUGGUCAUUGAUCGCCGGCAAGACAGAUGGGCGGCUGUUAAGGGGACCCUGCUUCGUAUUGCAGGCUCCUUCCCAGGGAACCUCCAGCUGGUUCUGGUUCUGAGGCCCACCACCCUCCUGCAGCGCACACUGUCCGACAUCCUCUUUAAGUUCAACAAGGAUGAGUUCAAGAUGAAGGUGCCGGUGAUCAUGCUGAGCUCUGUAACUGAGCUGCACUCCUACAUCGACCGCACACAGCUGACCCAGGAGCUCGGGGGUACGCAGGAGUACUGCCAUGAGAAGUGGAUCUCUCACCGCACUGCUAUUGAAGGCUUUGCGCUGAUGGUAAAGAAGACGGCACAGACCCUGCAGUCAUUUGGGACUGAACUGGCUGAAACUGAGCUCCCAAAUGAAAUCCAGGCCACAACCGUCCUGCUCAGCACACACACAGAUAAGAAAGACAAAAUGAAGGAGGAUCUGCUGGUGGCUCUGGGUCAGGGUGGCAGGCUGUUGGAGAGCAUCAAUGAGCCUGUAGUACGAGACCCUGACCACAACAUGAACCAGGAUGAACUGGAGAAUCUAGCUACAGUGCAAAGACUGCUGUCUCAGCUGGAUGAGACAGAAAGGGCUUUCGAUGAGUUCUGGGUGAGGCAUCAGACCAAACUGGAGCAGUGUCUCCAACUGCGCCACUUUGAGCACAACUACAGAGAGGUGAGGGCUCUGCUGGAUCAGGUGUCUGAGAAACUUGCAACCUUCUCUGAGGUUGGGAUCAGCCCAGCCCACGCUGACCAUAUCUUCUGUGAACUCACCACCUAUGAGGAGAGAGUCUGUGAGGUGCUGGACAGAGCCUUGACCUUGUCUCGUGAGGGUGAUGAACUUAUACAGAACUCGCACUAUGCUGACGACUCCAUUCAGCCCAAAUGCAGUGAGCUUAGAGCAAUCAGCGAGAAUGUGAGCAGCAGCCUGAAGGCGAAGAAGGACCAUCUCCUCAAAGCUCUGGAGCUGCAUCACUGUUUGGAGAGGGCUUCUAAAUGGGUUGAUGAUGGUAUAUACCUGCUGGCGUCUCAGCCCGUAGACAAAUGUCAGUCACAUGAGGGGGCUGAGUUAGCACUGCAGGAGCUGGAGCGUUAUCUGGAUAACGCAGGCCAGAACCAGCUGACAGACCUGAGCACCAUCUGGAGAGAAUAUGAGGCAGUGCUCAACCAGCAGUUCAAGGACCAAGUGGAGAGGAUUUUCCAGAAGCAGACAUCCAUGCAGGAGAUGUUUGACAAGAGGAGGGUCAGCCUGAAGAAGCUAGCAGCCAAACAAACCAGGCCGGUGCAGCCGGUAGCCCCCAGACCUGAGGCCUUCAUCAAAUCCCCUCUCAGCUCACCUGCUCACAAAGCACAGCAGGAGAAAAACUGUUCAGAGACUGACCCUGGAAACAACUGUGAGAAAGGAAACAGCCAACUGCAGAAUGGAGACAGCAACAGCAGACAUGCCUCUCUGACAGAGAAGGAGGAGAACCUGGCAGUGCUCAGGAGGCACGUUAUGAACGAGCUGCUGGAAACUGAGAGAGCCUAUGUGGAGGAGCUGCUCUGUGUAUUGCAGGGAUAUGCCUCUGAGAUGGAUAAUCCAGCAGUCUCUCACCUCAUCCCUGCUCCUUUGCAGAACAAAAAGGAGGUUCUGUUUGGCAACAUGCCUGAAAUUUACCACUUCCACAAGAGGACUUUUCUGAGGGAGCUGGAACAGUACACCGACUGCCCAGAGUUGGUUGGAAGGUGUUUUCUAGAGAGGAUGACAGACCUGCAGAUCUAUGAGAAAUAUUGUCACAACAAGCCUCGCUCUGAAAGCCUCUGGAGGCAGUGCUCAGAUUGCGCCUUCUUCCAGGAGUGUCAGAAAAAGCUGGAGCAUAAACUGGGUUUAGAUUCCUAUCUGCUGAAGCCUGUUCAGAGGAUUACCAAAUAUCAGCUGCUACUGAAGGAAAUGCUGAAGUACAGUAAGGGCUGUGAGGGGGCCGAUGACCUGCAGGAGGCACUGACCUCCAUCUUGGGCAUCCUCAAGGCCGUCAAUGACUCCAUGCACCUCAUCGCCAUUACAGGAUAUGAGGGUAAUCUGAGUGAGUUGGGAAAGCUGCUGAUGCAAGGGUCAUUCAGCGUGUGGACAGAACACAAGAAAGGUCAUGCCAAGGUUAAGGAUCUGGCCCGUUUCAAGCCCAUGCAGCGACACCUCUUCCUCCAUGAGAAAGCCCUGCUCUUCUGCAAGAGGAGGGAGGAGAAUGGGGAAGGCUACGAGAAAGCUCCCUCAUACAGCUUCAAACAGUCCCUGAAUAUGAGUGCUGUGGGCAUUACUGAGAAUGCAAAGGGAGACAACAAGAAGUUUGAAAUCUGGUGCAACUCUAGAGAAGAGGUUUAUAUUGUUCAGGCACCGACGACUGAAGUAAAAACUACAUGGGUAAAUGAGAUCAGGAAGGUUUUGACAACCCAGCUGGAAGCGUGCAGAGAAGCCAGACAGCAGAAGGCACCAGACCAGGUUUUCCAGUUCCCUCCUGUGUCCAGUGGAACAGUAAGUCUAAGUCCGUUCAAGACGGGUCAGAAGAGCUUUAAAAAGGGAGAGGAGAAGAAAGCUGAGCCCUGCAGCCCUGAUGUCAACUCCUCUUCUUCACCAAAGCCCACAGGAAAAGGAUCGCCCACGAGCCCUGAUCACAAGACGAAACGCCAGAGUGACCCUACACCAUUCGGCUUCAAAGAUGCAGGUCCUCCUCCCCUCCACCUGAGCAGGGCCAGGUGGUUCAGCACCUCUAAUCUCUUACAGACAAAGUGGAGAGGCUGGAACAAGGCUUCCCUGUCACUAGAUGCCUCAGAGGAGCAUGAUGGCUAUUCCAGUGCUGAAGAUCCUCUUAACUCUGACCCAGAGGAAGACAGUGGCAAGAAGCUGAGUGCUGGAAAAUAUACGGUGAUGGCCGACUAUGAGAAGGGCAGUGCUCAAGAGCUCUCAGUGAAGAGUGGAGACAGGGUUCAGCUGGUCAAAGAGGAAGAUGAUGGACAGUGGUUUGUACGUAACCUGAGCACUUCUAAGGAGGGCUGGAUCGCUGCUGCUAAUCUUAUCACGCUGAUUGGAAAAUCCAAGUCUUGCCAGUCUCUCACCAGCUCAGAAGGCAGUGGCUCUGGAAACCUCAGCACAUCGUCCAGCUGCAGUGAGACCUACGCAAGCUUCUCUGACAUCAAACCCUGAAAUCUUCAGCACUUCCUCCAUCACCAAACUUCCCUCCUGAAUGCUAGCAUCGUGUG